GGACCGCGCGUGAAGUCUAUACGUUUAGUCGGUUUUUAACGGAUUUUAAAAGGCUUCUUUCUUUCACCCACAAAACUGACUGACUUCUACAGAAUAAAGGGAGUCUGAUGUGUAGCAGACACCAUGCAUCAGCUGUUAGGCCUGGUGCUGGGCAAGAGGGACCUGUCCCGGGCUGGAGACCUCUUCUCCCUGGAGGACUCUGAGAUAGAGGACUGUCUCUCACAGGCCCUGGAGGAAAUCAAGGCUAUCUCCUGCUCCCCUGACUACCUGACCAAUGACAAUGACCAGGCUGUGGUGGAGAUCUGCAUCACGCGUAUCACCACGGCAAUCAGGGAGACACGGUCCAUCGAGCGCCAUGGGGAGGCACUGGUGGGUCUGUGGGAGUCCUGUCUGGAACACAACCUCACCCCCCAGGGUAAAGACGAAGACACACCCCAUGCCAAGAUAGCCUCUGACAUCACCAGCUGUAUUCUGCAGAACUACAGUCGUCCCCCAGUGAUGGCUCUAGCAGUGCCGGUGGCAGUGAGGUUUCUGCAGAGAGGCAACAGAGAGCUCAGUAGAAACAUGUCCAGUUAUCUCUCUCUGGCUGCCAUGGCUAAGGCUGAACUACUGGCAGAACACACAGAGGCUAUCACUUGCAGCGUGCUGGGAGGUAACCACAUGCUCCUACGCGUGCUGCCGUCCGUCUACCCCAAACAGCCCCAUGCCAUCCAUCGUCACCUAGGCAACCUGACGGCCAUGAUGUCACAGCUCGAUUCACCGGAGCAACAACACCUGCUGAGGCUGAUCCGGAUGGUCGCCGAGCAACAGCCACUGGUUCUGAGCCCCCUGGUGCCCUCCCUAGUUGGUUACCUAGGCGAUGCCUCUCUGAACGAUACUCUACUGGGUGCACUGGUGGACGUGUCACAGGCUAGCCCCGCCUCCAUGACCCCCUUCCUGCCCGCGCUGAGGGUUGUGGGUCAGCAGUACCCAGUCCUGCUGGGACACGUGGUCAAAAUACACAGAGCUGUGGGCUUGACCAGUGAGCGUCAGGCCCGUAGCUCCCUGGCGUACCUAGUGUCUCUGCUGGGCAGUAUGGAUCACAGCUUCCACUACAGUCUGCUGCUGGAGAUCAGAGCCCUGACUGACAGAUACACCUCCAUCCUGGGAGGCUGUGCCAAAGACAUCUACAGGAUGAGUAACAGCUUCACCUCUAUAGCCAGACUACUGGAGACAUACACCACCAUCAACUGCAGGGUUGAAGAGGAAUCAGAAGGCCCUCCUUCCCCAGAGGCCAGUGUGUGUGUGGGUGCAGGGGGGUUUGGAAGGGGGUCAGAGCAGCGACUGCAGGUGAAGAUCCAGGCGUUUGAGGAGAAGAUGGAUGAUGAGGGGGGAGAAGGGGAGACAGACGGUGGGUCAACUACACCCCAACGCAGGUACAGCAUGGGACAAGCCGCCAGAGAGGAAUACAGAGAGAUGAGAUUUAACAGGUCAAAGAGUCUGGCUCUGCACGCCGUGAGGUCACGGUCCAUCAACUCUGAGAGUGGUCAGGCUGGAGAAGGGGUGGAGCUAACGUCUGACGCAUUGCUCUCAGUGUCCUCACCCGAUCAGCAAACGGAAAACUCUCCCACUGAGAGGGAGCUAACCAAUGAGAGUUCCCUGUCUCCCUCCACCCAUCCGGCCACGCCCCGUGAGGAACAGAGGGAUGGACAGGGAGAGGGGGAAGGAAGGAGAGGAGUGAAGAGGGAAACUGGGAAAGAGGACAAGCUGUACAGCCACCUGAGGGACAACAUGGAGAAGAUCAAAAAGUUCUGUUCUGUGAUGGUCCAACAGAUCCCCAUACCAGAACACUGUGUCAUAGAAGACUCAAGCCGUGGCUGUGUUGCAAAGCUGUCGUUCUCGUGCUCUCUAAAGGGGCAUUACUGUCUGUUUACCAAGUCCUGUUUCACCCUCACCAGCCUCCAGCCACACCUCUGGAUCAACAUCAUGCUGCUUCACCUACAGAGUCAGCACAGCGCUCCCCUCUCCUCUCUGGAUGACUGUGUUCAGAGGUUGGGGAGACUGUGGGAGAGGACCCAGCUAAAAGGAGCUCACUGCUUCUCCAUGGCCAUGACACAACAGCCCACUCCACACAGAAAGGACCUGGACAGUCUGCAGAUCCUUCUGGAGGAGGUGCGUUUCUUUGACCUGUUUGGCUUCAGUGAAGAGGAGGGCAGCUGGCUCUGCUACAUGUGCAACAACCCAGAGAAGGCCACAGUGGUGAACGAGGAUGGCCAGCCGCUGAUGGAGGGGAAACUGAAAGAGAAGCAGGUUCGCUGGAAGUUCAUCAAACGCUGGAAGACUCGCUACUUCACCCUGGCAGGAAACCAGCUCCUCUUCCGGAAGGGAAAAUCUAAGGAUGAGCUAGACGACAGCACCAUCGAGCUGAGCAAAGUGCAGAGCGUCAAGGUGGUGGCUAAGAAGCGACGUGAGCGGGGUCUCCCUCGGGCCUUUGAGAUCUUCACGGACAGUAAAACAUACGUCCUGAAGGCUCGUGAUGAGAAGCAUGCUGAGGAGUGGCUCCAGUGUAUUAAUGUUGCCGUGGCCCAGGCCAGAGAGAGAGAGAACAGAGAGGCCACCACCUACCUGUGACCUUGUGACCUGGAAGAUAUUCUACUGUGACCCGUUCCUGACCCAGAAACACAACAUACACUACUGUACCAUCUACUAACAACAGCUGUGAUGUCCACUGUUUCUGGUCACCUGACAGCUGUGGGGCAGCGAAGACUGAUAUCCAGACAUCAUUACCAGAAUUUUGUCAAACACUUAUAUAGGGUAUUGUUUCAGUAUUUACAGCAAUAAAGAUCUUACUAGCAAUAUGGACCUUCUAUUUCCAGCAAUAACAAUCUACAUAGUAAACCUAGCAAUAAGAGCUCAAUAUGAACAGCAUGAGAAAACUAUCUUGGCCCAGACAGUGAAGAUGAAAACCCCCUAAUAGAUAGCAUAUGAGAGCGUUCUACAGCAAACAAACAGAUUUACUGUUAUUAGCAUUUAGCAGUAUAAUUUAUUAGUAUACCGUCAUUUAGCAGUAUAAUUUAUUAGUAUACCGUCAUUUAGCAGUAUAAUUCAUUAAUAAACCGUCAUUUAGCAGUAUAAUUUAAUAUACCAUCAUUUAGCAGUAUAAUUCAUUAAUAAACCGUCAUUUAGCAGUAUAAUUUAUUAAUAAACCGUAAUUUAGCAGUAUAAUUUAUUAAUAAACCGUCAUUUAGCAGUAUAAUUUAAUAAUAUACCAUCAUUUAGCAGUAUAAUUCAUUAAUAAACCGUCAUUUAGCAGUAUAAUUUAUUAAUAAACCGUCAUUUAGCAGUAUAAUUUAUUAAUAAACCGUAAUUUAGCAGUAUAAUUCAUUAAUAAACCGUCAUUUAGCAGUAUAAUUUAAUAAUAUACCAUCAUUUAGCAGUAUAAUUCAUUAAUAACCCGUCAUUUAGCAGUAUAAUUCAUUAAUAAACCGUCAUUUAGCAGUAUAAUUUAUUAAUAAACCGUCAUGUAGCAGUAUAAUUUAAUAAUAUACCAUCAUUUAAAAAGGACCCAGUGGUGUAAUAUAGUGAGCUACAAAAGUAAUGAGAAAGUUACAGACGCACCAAUAUCAUACCUCCAAGAGGUAUGCUAACCUUUCACCAUUACAAUUACAUGGGAGAUUAGCAUUUUUUGGCCGGGGUAUGACAAUUGUGCAUCUGUGACUUGCUCACUCAUCAUUAUUCACGAUUCAUUCAGGAUUAUCCGUAAUCAUGGUAACAUCCACAUUAAUGUAGAUGUGUAAAGAAACAUAUUAUA